GAGAGUUUCCCAAUCGAGGGCCAAGGCUGUAAGGUAGACGCGAUUUAUAUCAAUUUUUCAAAACAAGUGACAGUGGGACUUGCGGCUGAUGGUGGGGUGGGGCACACAGCAGCGCUCCUGCAACGCUGUUACACGGCAUCCCGCCGCAGAGCUCUGCCCCUGUUUAAGCAGUUUCCUACCAGUUGGCACGCUGGGCAGCUUCUUACAUUUCUGCUAUUUCCAGUGUUACUGUGACAAGACAUACGUUGCUCAAGUCCAGGCACACGUGUGUGUGUGUGUGUGUGUGUGUGUGUGUGUGUGUACAAUCUGCAUUUGCCAGGGCCCUGACUACAGUACUCCUUGGAGUCACAAGAAUUCUGAUCCUGAGGCACCAGCCCAUGGCAGCUGGCAGGGCUCCGGGAGUGUGCAGAGCUGGACGCCUGCCCGGCCUGCACACAGGGCAAGGGACAGAGGGACAGGGACGCUCCAUCCCCUGCUGGGUCACGCUCAGGAAAUGGGACAGGUCAGACAGUCCCGCCCCAUGAUCUCUGAGAAAUAUUGACAGUUCAGGAAGAUGUCACUCUCCGUCCUCCGCUGUUUUCUGUUUUCCCUUUGGCACAGAGCCGGGAGGCUGACUCGGUGGCAUUCUGAGCCCGCAGCGUCCCUCGCCCGGUGCCUUCUGCCUCAGCCCCGCGGAGACCACGCGGCGGGGCGCGGGCCCUCCAGAUCGCUCCGGGGGAGCAGGCGUCGCGGCAGGACGCAGGGACGCGCACAGCCCAGCCCGCUCCCGCGCUCCGGCCGUGCGCCGAGCGGCUCAGGCCCCCGUGUGCGGAGAGGCGCGGCCGAGCGCGGUGACGUGCACCGCCCCGCUGCGCCGGACCUGAUGUCACAAAGGUUUCGCCAGCGCGCGUGGGCCUCGCCGUGCGCCCGGAGCGGGCGGAAGGAGCGGACGAAGGCGGGAACGCGGCGCCCUCGGUCCUCCACGCCCGUCCCCCACGCCGGCCCCGCCUCCAACCCCGCGCCCCGGGGCCCGCGGGCCAGCGGCGGGCACCACGACCUGGUGCAGAGGAGCCUUGUGCUCUUCUCGGUCGGGGUCGUCCUGGCCCUGGUGCUCAACCUGCUGCAGAUCCAGAGGAAUGUCACGCUCUUCCCGGACGAGGUGAUCGCCACCAUCUUCUCCUCGGCCUGGUGGGUGCCGCCGUGCUGCGGGACGGCCGCGGCUGUGGUCGGCUUACUGUACCCUUGCAUCGACAGUCACCUGGGAGAGCCCCACAAGUUCAAGAGAGAGUGGGCCAGCGUCAUGCGCUGCAUUGCAGUUUUCGUUGGCAUUAACCAUGCCAGUGCUAAGUUGGAUUUUGCCAAUAAUGUCCAGCUGUCCUUGACCUUGGCAGCCCUGUCCUUGGGCCUUUGGUGGACGUUUGAUCGCUCCAGAAGCGGCCUUGGGCUUGGGAUCACCAUCGCCUUCCUGGCGACACUCAUCACCCAGUUCCUCGUGUAUAACGGAGUCUAUCAGUAUACAUCCCCAGAUUUUCUCUAUAUUCGUUCAUGGCUCCCAUGUAUAUUUUUCUCAGGAGGUGUCACGGUGGGAAACAUAGGACGACAGCUGGCUAUGGGUGUUCCUGAGAAGCCCCACAGCGACUGAGCUUUCAAACCCACUGAUUGUGAAGAAUAAGAAACCAGAUUUGGAAGAAACUCUGGGGCAGUGGGUUUGAUGAAGAUGAUCUUUCUCCUGAGCACUCUAUUUAGAUUGGGCUGACUGUACACAUGACUCCGGAAGAAAUGUCCACCUAGAAAUGUCUAGAAUAGCAAAGUGGAGACAGUGCUUACCUUGAAGUCUUAGCGUGACCGAGCACACAGCACCCGCCGGUGCCCUGGAGCGCUCUGUCCCAGGCUGUGUGUGGCAGCCAGCAGGGGCAGUUUCCCAAGUAUUAGAUCACAUUCCUGUUAUUAAAAACAAGUUGCCAUAUUCUGCAGCCUUGAACUAAAACUUCAUUACCAACUCAGUUUUGUACCAGUGCCCAAAGGAAAUAGGUUGAUGGUGCUUAACGGUGAUGAGGUGUGGUGUCAUAGGAAUAUUUAUCCAAAAGAUUUGACAAAUAGGGUUGUGUGCAAAAACAAAACAGGAGCAACAGUGAGUGUAGGAAGGCGGCGCUCCAAGGGGGGUCACGUAGCAGCUCAUGGUCACACUCGCCGCGGGGGCCGUGCGCGUCACCGGGAAACAGCCACACGUUGCAUUUGACCCAUGGAACUUGGUGUAGACAAUCGUAUGAGAGCAAAAGGCAAUGAAAAGUCGUCAUCCUGCGCCGUGAUGUGGAACAUGGACCUCAGUUGGUGACGCUGUACCCAGAACCUCUCAUCAUCUAAGAGGGCGUAGCUGUCUGCCGUGCAUUUUAAUCGCUGAGCCAGAAUUGUUUCUCUGUGAGUCCAGAGUAGCGAGGACUUGUUUUCCACAGCCCUAUGGAACUUGCAAUCUGUGAUUGCCGUGUGAAAAGAAGAGUGCGUCUGUCACUGCGUUGCCCACGUGUGUUGCUAAGCGUUCCACGAGAGCGGUGAGCGCAGUGUAUUCAUCGAAUGGCAGAGGCCACGUGGGACCCAACUGCAGGUAUUGGGUCUUAAACUUCAAGUGCAAUGUCAUGAAAACCAAUCUGAGCCUUGUAUCCUCUUAAAUAUUUAUUUUUUUUACUGUCUGAGAUGCUCCGGAGAAGGGUUCUACGUUCAUUUCAGGGCCGCGGGAGGCAGUUCAGCGGUACUUGUCAGUCCCGGAGCCCCGCCACCGCCAGACCCUCCCGAGCCCAAGUCCUCUGACGUACUCCAGUUUUGUGGGUUUAGUAACUUUUACUUACAAAUUCACCUUCUUUUGUAUUUUGCAACUUAAAUGUUUUUGGUUCAUUUAAAUGGAUGCAAAGACUCCUUGGAACGGAAGUCACCAGCCAGCAGGACGGAGGUGCGGACUGCCCAGCUGGCAGCGCUGCUGUGUGUGUGGCUUCACCUACAGGGGCGGCUUUCUUUAUUUCAUUUUGAGGGAAAUGUGGAGUGAAGUUCAGGUUUUUGAAGCUAAUUUGUUUUAGAGAAAUUUUAUUUAAAAGCAGAUGGGUUGUCCUAAACUUUGGGAUGAUCCCUUAUACAUUUUCUGAAAAUGAAAACAAUGGUCAGUCGUGUGAAAAUAUUUUUCAGUGAAAAUGUUGGCCUUUUAUGAAGCCAGAGGUUGCUAUUUGCAAGCAUACGUGAAUCUUUCAGAUAUACUUGAUCAUGCACAAACAGUGUGUUCUUUUCUCUUAAACUGGAAGUAAAUCUGUACCUAUUAGAAAAAUGUAGCCAAAAAUGUGAAUCUGAAAAAUUUUUUGCCAAUAGUUUAUAGCAGAUCUAUUGAACCAAAGUGAUUUGAAUUUGUAAAAAUGUAAAAUAGUAUGAGCAGAAUUUGCACUAUACCAGAUUUGAACAUCUAGUGAGAUUCACAUUCAUACUAAGUUUUCAACAUUGUGUUCUUUUUGCAUUCAUUUUUUACUUUUAUUAAAGGUUCAAAACCAA